GAUCGUGCGGGGAGUUGCUAAAAAAACCGCCCACGCGAGCCGCACACAAGCGAGAAGCGACCGCGUCCAGAUUGAUGCAAGGCACACGAGGAGCAGCCUGUGUGUGUCCGUCGAUUCAAUCCACCGGAGGUGCGGGAUCGAGGUAACUCGAUGGGCGGGCUGGGAUCGACCGCUGCGAGGCGCGCACAGGAGCAGCCGAUGUGCGUCGGUCGAUUCGAUCCACCGGAGGUGAGGGUCGGAGGCAAGUCCAUGGGCGCGCUGGGAUGGACUGGAGGAGCGGGAUCCGGCUCCAGCCGAUGGGCUCCAGCACGCGGUUGGAUGCGAGGUGCGCGAGGGAUUAGAGGAGGCGCGCGGGUGAAGAAAGGUGGGUGCGAGGGCGAUAAUGGCGGACGCCUCCUCUGCUAGAAACUGCUUCUUUCUCUCUUGAACCACGCAAUCAUGGCAUUCAUGGCUGGAACAUUGCUAUGGUACGUCUGGUGGAUUGAUUUGGGCAGAUUCUGGAGCUUUGUGCUGUGGAUUUUCUUGCUCACCAGUUCAUAAUCUCAGAUGGCUUUCGGACAGGAUAGCAGCAAGUCAGGUCAGCAUUCAGCACAAUUUGGAAGGUCAGAAUGCAAAGCUCUCAUUGCAUUCAGCACAAUUUGGAAGGAACACCAUGAAUAUUCGUUAGCCUAGUUGUUUGAAAUAAUGAUGCUUCUUCAUGGAAUAAAGGCAGAUUCUAAUAAUGCAUUUUUAGAAGGCAGCUCCACAGGAAUGACUCUGCACAUUGUGCUUCACUAUUUCUAAGAAUAUGUUGCGCGGGCCUUUUCUUUUCAGGAUUGUAAAGACUAAUGUUGGUCUGCAACUGAAACAAAAUGUCGAAACAUACUAUGAAUGAAUUUUGUCCUAGUUCACGGCAUCGGGGGAUUGGUUCUGCUGAGAUACCUGGGGGCUGCAGAGACUGCAAUCGAUUCUUUACCAGAGGAAAUCGGAGAACUAGGGCAGCUGGAGACCCUGAAUUUGAGGAAGACAAAAAUGCUGAGCACUUUGCCUACUUCUAUAGCUAAACAGAAAAUGUUGGCACAUCUGCUAAUUGACGGCACCGUCAAACUGCCUAGCGAAAUCCUGAAAAUGCAAGGAUUAGAAGAAGUAUCAACUGUUGGUGUCUACAGUAGCAGGACAAUCGAUUCAGUGGCAGAGCUCUUGAGGAAGUCGGAGCGGCUGAGGGUCCUCGGCAUAAGAUUGGAUGGGUCACACUUAUCUAAUGAUAACGAGAGUGUCAGGACUUUCCUCAUGGAGGUUACAAGGUCUAAUAAGCUUACUUGCCUAUCACUUGAUUGCCUCAAUUUCGGUUUGCUUGACAUACCGCUGGAGUUCCCUCCAUCUGAUCAGCUCCGAAGAUUUGAGCUGAAAAUCUCGGUUCCAGUCCUCGGACGGACUGCACACAGGAUGGCCUCUCUUGUCAGCGUUACCCACUUGGAUAUUGAAAUUGUUCGAUUAGAAGAUGAAGCUGUCCGUGCCCUGGGAGGUUUGCCUCAUCUAGUCCUUCUCAAGUUAGUUUCUUCAGGUGGCAUAAGAUUCAGCUCACAACUCAAAUGGAACCCAGAAGGCAGGUGCAAAGUCGGCGUGGACCAUGGCUUUAAGUGUGUGAAAGUAUUGUCGCUCAUAUGCCGAUCUGGUGGGACGGAGCUGGAGUUCACACCAGGAGCCAUGAAGGAGCUACAGAGGCUGACGCUCGACUUCAGCGCACGGGAAGCACUGUGUAUCUAUGGAAAUUUGAGUUUUGGCAUCGAGCAUCUCUCUUCCCUCACACGAGUCCAUGCCAUGAUUAGCUGCAAAUCUGUUGUAGCUUCGGAGGUAAAUACUGUGAAGGAUGCGAUACGAGAACAAGCAGGUAACUUGUCUAGCAAACCCACAAUCGAAUUCACCACAAUAAAUGAACACAUGAUAAUUCCUGAUCACAAAGCAAAGACAGCAGCAAUUUCCCCUAAAAUUUGGUUAAACGGGUGUAUCAACUUCAGACAAACUGCCUAGUAUUGUAAGAGGUCAGGAUGGAGUCAAUUUUAAUCACAUGUGGCUGAAGCACUCAUGCACAACAGGACACGCGACUUCGUCUUCUUCUCAGUAGUACUAUAAGUAAAAUCUUUUACGUGUUGUAACCUGCAAGGUAGUGGUAUGUACCUUUUUUUCGAAAAGGAGGAUUUCCUCCUGCCUCUACAUCAAAAUGAUGCACGAAGUCAUUUUAUUGA